AUGACCUCGAUAACAGCGGCUUCACUUGGAAUCGUUGUGGUUGCGCUUGCCGCUUCUGUGGCGGAGGUUGCCGUCGUGGAUGUGGGUGUCGGUGAUGCUGGCGUGCCGCCGCCGCAGUCCGGGUUGUCUGCGCAAGCAGGGGUCGGUGCUGGCGUUGGUUCCAGCGUUGGUGCUGGCGUUAGCGCGGACGGAGGCGCUGGCGUUGGUGCUGGCGCCGGUUCCAGCGUUGGUGCUGGCGCUGGUGCCUGUUCCACAACUGUGAUGUCUGCGUCUUUGGGGUUCCACGAGGGCACGUCCACUGGGCAGAAGGCGUAUACCGCAUGGUCAGAGUGA